AUGAUCGACAGCUCAGGUUUCCCGGGCGUGUUGGGUGUAUUGGAGAUUGCUAAGAAUGCUUUUGCCCAUAUCAUUCGAGCUUCAGAUUGCGUUCCGCAACAUGUAGCUUUCAUAAUGGAUGGGAAUAGAAGAUGGGCUAAGAAGCAGCAUAUAGAGAUCAGAGAAGGUCAUAACGCGGGUUUUCAAAGCAUGAGCAGAGUGCUAGAGCUGUGUUACGAAUCAGGCGUCAAGACAGCAACGGUUUUUGCGUUUUCAAUUGAGAACUUUAAAAGAACACCGACUGAGAUUGAGUGGCUAAUGAAUUUAACGAGAAAUGGGAUAAGACAAGUUAUUCAAAAUGGAGAAAUGGCUGAAAAAUAUGGAAUCAAAAUUAAUGUGAUAGGUGAUAAGGCGCUUCUGCCUUUGGAUGUACAAAAAGAUAUUCAAAAAGCCGAGUUGUUGACCAAGGACAAUCACCGGGCUGUUUUGAAUAUCUGUUUCCCGUAUACUGGGAGACAUGAACUUUUGAAAUCAAUUAAAGAAGUGAUAGAACGCGUUGAUGAGGGGGAAAUGGAUCUCGAUCAAGUAGACGAGGAAGCAAUCAGUAAUCAUUUAUACACAGGCACUCUUCCACCGGUUGAUUUACUAAUUCGCACAAGUGGUGUCUAUCGACUAAGCGAUUUUCUCAUGUGGCAGGUAAGCCGAAAAGGUGUCAUCAUCGAAUUUUUAGAUUGUCUGUGGCCUGAUUUUGGCAUACGAAAAAUGGCGUGGAUUUUGUUAAAAUUUGCCUACAGCAAGAGCUUCUCUUACCGUGAUUUGAAUGCAGAAGACGGACAAGACAUAGAACAGGCUGCAGUUAAGAAGAAAGUGACCUAA